AUCUGUUUCCUUAGGUCCUUUCUAUGAUUCAAGAAGGUUCUCCUUUUUUGCCAUUUAACUUGGAGUACCUUAUGGGCGUGAUCUUCUAAACUGAACAAAAUAUGUAUCAGAACAUAGUCGUUUGGAUGUUUCUUUCCAUCUGAGUCUCCUCAAAUCUGGGUUUGUUCGAACCGAGUACGAGAGAAAGAUCAAAUCUCUUUAAAGUUUUGUGUGUUUAGUGGAGAUUUGUGUUCCCCCGCAACAGUAACUCGGUGUAUUUUGCCUUUUGGUGCUUAUUAGUGUGUUGCUUCUUUUCUUUAUUCCUAAAAGACAACUUUGUGUUUACUUGGCCUCAAAAAUGUUUUGAUCUUGGACCAGAAGAAGAAGAAAAGAUAGCUCCCUCCACCGUUUCUGGUCAUGUCAUUCAUAGUGUGUUUUCAUUGAUAACUACUGUUUUCCCAGAUCCAUGGCCCAAUUACGAGACUAAUUUGAGAAGGCAUUUCUUGGAGGAUGCAAUCCAAGGAUGGAGAGUUGUGAUCCUGCCACUAUGGAUCAGCCAUCCAGUCCUGGUCGGAAGAUUAUCCUGCACCCCCUCUAUGUUCCAAAGUCACCACCUUGGUUUGAUCUGAGGGUAUUUUAUGUAAGGGUGAGCAAUUGCCAGAUUGAUGAAUCAACUCCUGAGCAUCUUACAGUUCAUCACAUUCCGCUUACUCCCGACACCAUCCUCGAAGUGAAUGGUAGAAGAAGUAGCAUUUACUCUGAUUAUGUUUCUUCUUCACUUCGAAGGGAUAGGGUUGAUAAGAGAGCGGAAGAAGCUACAUUUGUUAGCACAGAUAGCAUUAGGAUGACUGGAAGUAUCAGAUUUGAGGUCUAUGAUAGAGAUUGUCUAGUGCUUGCUGGUAUCCUGGAACUGUGUAAUUCUAAUGGUUUUAGUGGGGACACAAAGAAACACAACAAAAAGUGGAGCAUGAAUUGUCAAUCUGUAAUUUUGACUGGCAUGAGCUUUCUAAAGAACAAACAGAUUAUGAGUGUGGAGAUUAAUUUGCCUAUGAUUGAGGUAUACGUUGCUGGUCUUUUCUCUGGUGCUCCCAUUGUCUUGACCAAGACUCUUCAGCUUGGUUUUCUUAAGAAGCAUCAGAUGAAGGUUAUGCUGGAUUCCAUUCCAGAGGAUGAUACAAUGGAACUGAAGAAAGAAAUGGCAUCUGAGGAUGGUUUUGAGUUAUCAGAAUACGGAGGCUACAACCAAGAAACUGAUCUGGACAUGGAUUACAACGAAAUGUACACAAAAGCUGAAUAUUUGGAAGGAGAAGAUGGCGAACUUUUGUGGUUCAAUGCUGGAGUGAGAGUUGGUGUGGGGAUCGGCCUCGGUGUCUGCCUUGGUAUCGGAAUAGGAGUUGGCUUGUUAGUCCGCACCUACCAAGCCGCCACCCGAAACUUCAAGAGGCGACUCGGCUGAUGCUAGGCCAAAAUAGUGUUGUAGGAUCAGUAGCCAUCGGCAUUGCAGCGGCCAUGUUUCUUUGCUUUCUGUCCCUUGUCGAUAAAACAGCUAACUUGUUUAUGCUCCAUGGUACUUUUUUCUGCUGUAAAUGUUUUC